AUGGCACCACAAGGGGGCCACCCCCUGGCCAUGUCCUGGCCUCCCCACUGGUGGUCGCUGCAGAACGCCUUGUUGCAUUAUAUUACUGAAACUCUCGAUUACAUGGUAACAGUGAAAGAGUUUUAUUUGGGGAUCUCUAAAUGGAUCAACUGCAGAAAGAAAGAGCAUGAGAAAAUGAUAAUAAUUAAUAAAACGGCUGACAAACUUGAUACCACUUUCACCAAGUCAAAGGGCGCAUUGAAAACCAUUGGUAAACACAUCAAGGGAAAGUUUCAGAAUGAUCCAGAGAGCACACUUGCAGAACUAGAAAAGUGGCUGACUGAAGUUUUGAAAGGCACAUUGGAAGGUCUGGAGAAACUCAGCAUCUUCUUGGAUGCCAUGGAGAAGCUGGCAGUCACUUCCUUACAUGUGUUCACUGAGAACCAGAUUGUAUACCUUCCUGAGGAGUUCUGCUAUGAAGAAGUUCAAGCUGUGAUUAGAACUGCACAGCAAGUCUGUCCUUUGCUUCUUAAGUUCAAAAGAGAUGCAAAGUCCUUCUUCCUUCCUAGCCUUCACAAUCUGGAGGUUCUUGGACAACAACUGGAAAAAUACAUAGAAGCCAUUGAGGAAAUAUGUGAAAAUCAUGGGAAAAGCUUUAAAUUUAAGAUGUGCUUGGAAAUAACUGAAGAAAUUGUUGUGGAUUUUGAUGAUAUGUGUGAAAAUAGUAUUCAAGAGAUGACAUAUGACAUUAUGCAUCUUGACAAGAUCAGGUGGUCGCUGCAGAACGCCUUGUUGCAUUAUAUUACUGAAACUCUCAAUUACAUGGUAACAGUGAAAGAGUUUUAUUUGGGGAUCUCUAAAUGGAUCAACUGCAGAAAGAAAGAGCAUGAGACAAUGAUAAGAAUUAAUAAAAUGGCUGACAAACUUGAUACCACUUUCACCAAGUCAAAGGGCGGAUUGAAAUCCAUUGGUAAACACAUCAAGGGAAAGUUUCAGAAUGAUCCAGAGAGCAAACUUGCAGAACUAGAAAAGUGGCUGACUGAAGUUUUGAAAGGCACAAUGGAAGGUCUGGAGAAACUCAGCAUCUUCUUGGAUGCCAUGGAGAAGCUGGCAGUCACUUCCUUACAUGUGUUCACUGAGAACCAGAUUGUAUACCUUCCUGAGGAGUUCUGCUAUGAAGAAGUUCAAGCUGUGAUCAGAACUGCACAGCAAGUCAGUCCUUUGCUUCUUAAGUUCAAAAGAGAUGCAAAGUCCUUCUUCCUUCCUAGCCUUCACAAUCUAAAGGUUCUUGGACAACAACUGGAAAAAUACAUAGAAGCCAUUGAGGAAAUAUGUGAAAAUCAUGGGAAAAGCUUUAAAUUUGAGAUGUGCUUGGAAAUAACUGAAGAAAUUGUUGUGGAUUGUGAUGAUAUGUGUAAAAAUAGUAUUCAAGAGAUGACAUAUCACAUUAAGCGUCUUGACAAGAUCAGGAUGGAUGAGCACUUUCGGAUGGAGAUCCUAUUCCAGGGAGUCCCCUCAUCUGGUUUCAUCGAUGUAUUUGCUGCUAAUAAGGAUAAAAUGCUAAGGUUUCUGAAUGACCUGGAGCAGUGUGCUGAUCAGUUAGACAGUAUGAACAAAGGAGCAAAGAUCUCCAAUCUGACGGGCAGCUCAGUGAAAACAACUGGAGAUGCACUCAGCGCUGCAGGUGUCGCGUUAACACCAUUUACAGGUGGAGCAUCUUUAGGGCUGACACUUCUCGGUUCAGUGAUGGGGGUAGCAAGUGAAACCAACAGUGUGGUAACAACCUUAACAAAGGCUGGAGUUAAUCAUACUUCUCAGAAUAAGGCAAAUAAAACUUUCCAAAGUUUCAUGGAAGUUUUCCAAAAGAUCCAGGAUUGUCUGGAUGAAGGGAUGAAACACUCGACAGUAAAUCUGAAGCCAAGUCUCACUUCGAGCUCCCCUGAUCGCCCUUCCUGGCGGAUCUCCCUCUUGAAGUCACCUGUGCCCGCUCAGUACGGUUCCUCGGAUCCCUUCCCCGUGCCAAGCCUCCAAGCUGAAGCCCCUCGGGACUCACCUGGUUACUCCUGCUGCUCCCAGACCUCUGGAUUCUCCAGCGCUGCUCGGAUUCCGUUCAGCCUGCACCCGCCGGUCACUCAGACACCUGCCACCAGCUCCAUCAGAGUGAAGAAGAUACUCACCAAGAUGGAGUCCCAGGACAUGAAGAUCUGA